GGAUGCCACGUGGGGAUUGAACUUGUUGGAGCUGGAACUCAAGCACUCAGUCCCGUUUUUCACUCCCAACCUCUCUGCAGCUCAUUUGUAAAUAACAGCUCCGCCACCGGUCUGUAGUCAGGACUGUUUGGAAAUUUGGAUUGGAAAGCAGAGAAUAUUGUGCCUGGCACACUUCAGACCUCCGUUAAAUGUUUUUGAAAUGCCCACGGUUGUUGAGUGAGGCUGCGUUCCAGACCUGCCUACUGGACUUGCCCUCCGAAGGCGGCUGCUCCCAAUGGCAGCCAAGCAGGCGCCUUAGAGGUCCCUCCCUUUCUGCUCGCCCCCUCCCUACGCUCAGCCUGCUCCCGGUCAGUUGUCAGAAAGCAGUGAGACACAAGGUAUUCUCUCAGAUUCGUGAUCAGAAGGAUAUGUUACCUGUGAGACUGACAGCCAAAAGGGCAGGAGUGAAAGCCAGAGAUGUGAAGGGAAUUUUACCCGUGAUGGUUCUAAUGGUGAUCAUUUUCUUGAUGCUUCUGUUCUGGGAAAAUGAGCUAAAUGAGAACGGAGUGCUGUUCACCUUGGAGCACCUGCACGUGGACUACCCGCAGGACAGUGCUCCUGUCCGGUACUGCAACCACAUGAUCCAGCAGAGACUCAUCAGGGAGCCCGACCACACGUGCAAACUGGAGCACGUGUUCAUCCACGAGAGGCCCCAGAAAAUCAACAGCAUCUGCAUGUCUCCCAAGAGGGUGGCUUGCCUCAACCAUUCCACCAUAUUCUGCUUCCAGAGCGAGACCAAGUUCAGAGUGACGGUCUGUGAGCUCAUUGAGGGCACGCGGUACCCCGCCUGCAGGUACCGCAUUUCCCCCACGCAGGCCUUCAUCCAGGUGACCUGCGAUGACUUGGGGCCGGUUAGUUUCGAGGGCUAUGUUGAAUGACCAGCUGGACACCCGACUCUGCUGCCCUCUUUUCUCUCAGGGGCUCUGGGGCUGGCUGUCCCUGAGGCAAGGUCUGAAGGAAAUGGGUGCUUAUAGGAGUGAAGUUGUCCUGCCAGGAUGGCAGAGUUCUAAGUGUUUCGCUUUGCUUCAAUAAAGAAGUCUUUACUGAAUGAAACCAGAAACUCAGUG